AAUGCAUGUCAAUUGUCAUAUGUCAUUCGGACCGAAUGUGACUAUCUGUCAAAAUAUGUCAUACUUUUUGCGUAGAUUUGUAUAAGUUUAUUGAAUUUUGUUGAAUUCAUCGAAAAUGUCUCGCGAUAAAAGCGUUUGGUUUGCAGAAGAGAUAUUGCUGGACGCUAAAUUAAUAAAUUUUCAAUUAGAAACUGGAGAAUGGGAUGCUGUGGAGGAAAUGUUACGUGCCGAGGCACAACUUUCCAGAGAUGCCGAGACUGGACGUUUACGGCCGAAAAAGGCAUCGGAAUAUACGUUACGGCUCAUAGCAGAGGUUCUUCACAUAAUGCGACUAGAUGUUGAACAAGCUUCAUACAAUAGAAGCACUCUAGCAGUUGCAGAACAGUGUCUCCGCUUGGUUCGUUCCUGUGCUGCAGCAGGAACUAAAAUGCAAACUUACAUCUCUAAAGAACUCUCUAUUCUAGACUCUAUGCUUAUAUUAGCCACAGAAUAUCAACAUCCAAGUGUUGAUUUUGUGAAUGAAGAACUACAAAAGAAAUUUGAAUCAUGCAUGACAGUACUUAUGCAAACUUUAGGAAACUUAGUUGUGAACAAUCCCUUUAAUCAAAUCAUGAUUUGGAAUAAAUUUGAUGCCAAUAUCAUGAACAGUCUAGUAGGAUCCAAUGAUAAAAUUGCUACAGCGGCCGCCAUGAUUGUUUAUAACAUAUUGCUAGGCCAGCCAAAUGUGUUGCCAGAUGAUGUGAUGUUGUUGAAUUCUCUAGCUUACAUGUAUAGUAAUGGCAACACUGAAUACCCACAUUUAAUUAUAGAAUAUUUAAUUGGUGUUGAGAAUACAUACAUAGAGAAGUUAUAUUCAAAAUUGGAUCCUGAAUGUCGGAUGUUGGUGUUGAACCUGGCUUAUAAUAUAUUAAUGUCCACAGAGUCUCAAGAUAUUAAUGUAUCUGUAAACUUUGUAAAGUUUAUGGCACAUGAAUUUAAGAGUAAAUCAGACUGUAUAUUGAAGACGGUUGAUAAGUAUGUUAAUUCCAUAGAGCCUCAGGAGGUGGUGUUUUUGUUGGAGAUUAUAGCCACUGCAUCCAGUAUGGAUACUUAUAUGGACUGUUUACAAUCAGACAGUUCUUUAUUCAUUAAUUGUGCAUUUCUCCUUCGAGCAAUUCAUAAGUUGGGUAAAGAGAGCAGUAAUUUCUUUUCAUCAUUGAAUAAAUUGUAUGAAGCUACAGGAAGGACGUUUAUUGAUGACGAAAAUGAACAUUUAUCUAAUCUACAAGUCUCCAGUCCUUGUGAGAAUCCCCUAACUAAAAACGAUUCGGCCGACAACAUGCUAUCAUGCAACGAAACUACAUCGGAAUGCACGGAAUCAGAGAGCAGCGAGCAAUAUUUCGAAUGUAACGAGAACCCUUCGUACAUGGAGAAGUUUGACGCCGUAGACAACAUCCAAUCAAUGAAAUUCACAGACGGAUUUCCAGAAACGAAAAACGGGAGGAGCAAUUCCAAUUCUAAUAUAAAAAUUGAUGCAGAUCUUUCGAAAGUUGCCUACAAAAGAAGUAGUUCGGUUCCCAAAGCCGAUGAUCGCAUAUCUCUGCCUAUGAGAAGAAUUAGUUUAGAACAUAAAAUCGACAUUGGUGACGACAACGAACCUCCUUUAAUCAUGGACGCAGCGUCACCUAACGGCAGUAUGAAUACCAUAGCCGAAAUGAUUCCAGCAGCAUUACAGCCUAGGUUUGAUAGUUUUCAGCCCACAAGCAGAACUGAAUCUCAAGAUAGCUCGCCAAACGAUCCCCCAACAGAAAUUCACAUUUCAAAAGAAGAAUUGAAAAGCGAGGUGAAGGCGUCCCCGAGCGAAAUAUCCCCACCGUUAGCGGAGAAUUUACCAGAUUCGGAUUCACAGAAACAGUCUCCGGACACUCCGAAGGAAGUAAAGAAGAGUCAGAAUCUCUCGACGGAUUUCGAUCUUAGUGAGCAGCUACAGAAAAUUCUUGGCAUUUCAUCUGAGAAAACCCGAGGUGAUACAGCUAAUGCUGAGAAAAAGAGCGAACCAGCCAAAGAAGUGAAAAUUGCUGACGAUGCUCCGACGAAUAAGGUGCCAUCAGUAAAGAUUGACUCGCCUGAGGGUGCGAAAACGAGGCUAGGCGCAAUCGACAUGACGACUCCGAAGAAAGCAAUAACCUGUGUAGAAACUGUUGAACGUCAUGUAGCUUUUGGCUUCAAGGCAGCUCUUGUACGGACCCUGGCUAAUCUUUGCUGGAAGAAUCAAGAGAACAAGAAAUUGAUCCGUGAGCUAGAAGUUAUACCAGUGCUCCUAGAUUGCUGUAACAUCGACGCUCGUAAUCCUUUAAUAAUGCAGUGGGUUAUCUUCGCCGUUCGUAACCUUUGCGAGAACUGCCCGGAAAAUCAGGAGGUGAUAUCGAAGGUAACGCUUCAAGCUCCAGUAGACAACGAAGUUCUCCAAGAGAUGGGUCUCACACUGCACACAGACACACAAGGCAACAACAUCAGGAUUGUACCCAUGUCUCGCGGAUAAAUAUUAAAAAUCCAGAAAAAAAUACUUCUAGCUUAGCUAACCGCCGUAAAACGGGGUGAAUAGGCACAGAAGAGGAAUGAAUUGAUACUUGAAAAAUUCGCCAAUAUAUAUGUGUGUAUCUAUUCACCCCGUUUUACCGUAUCAUAACUAUGGAUUGGAUAGAGUAGCAGUUAUAAAAGUCUAAAAACUAUUUUAAAUAGUACACCUA